AUGGGGUUCUCUACCGCCUUGAUCUUGACCCUGGUGCUCCCCAGAAUCGCACUAGUCAAUCCCGUCGCCCAGGUAUCCUCAUCUAUGGGAGCUAGUGCGAGCACAGAGGUAGAGGCUAACAGCAGCAGAGAACAUUGUCCAGACUGCUGCACAGUAAAAUACCGAGACUACCCACGCUACUGCUGCAGUAUUGAAGGCUUAGUCGAGCACAAUAAUAAGGAGGAAACUUCCGUGGACACAGCCAGCGUGGCGAAGAAGGAUACCCAUGGUGCCACGACUUCUGCCAACACUGAGACUUCGGUCAAGCCGGACACCUCGGGCCUGAACAGUAUCCUGCCGACAGAGAACUCUUCUUUAAGAAGCUCUGCCUCAGAGACUACGUCUCAUGCAUCUUAG